GCCGAAUAAGAAGAGGGAAAAGGUCGGGGGAAUUUGGGAUCGGCCGUGACUAAGGUAGACUAAACAGCGACUAAGCGGCCACUUACGGCCACUAGACGGAGAUGCCUGAUUAGCCCACGCGGCACCGGCGAUGAUUGGUGUUGGUGGCAGCUGAGGAGCAUCGCUGGGCCCUUGCCUUCCCCUCACGUCUGGCCAGCCCAUCUCCUUUUCUCCCUUCUCUCCCCGCCAGAUCCCCAGGCUCGUUCCUUCGCCACAGCCAUGCCCCGAAAAUCAUCCACCGCCGCCCCCGAAAAGCGCAGGAAGUCGGAUGGGACCAGGUCCCGAACGGGCUGUCGUACCUUUCGGCGGAUCAAAUGUGAUGAGACGCCGGGAAAAUGUAUCAACUGCACAUCGACCGGUCGAUCCUGUGCCUAUGAUAUGCACCGGCUGCCUCGAGCCUCGGCUGGCCAAGGUUCUGAUAGCAAACUAACCUGCCAGGUCGCACACGGCUUCCGCUGGGCCAUGACAUCGGAUGAGCGGCGAUGUUUCUCUCACUUUCAACACUUUACGAUCCCAAGCCUCCUGGAGCUAUUCGACUCGUCCCUGUGGAAAAACCUAGUCUUGCAAAUCAGCUACUCCGAGCCCGCCGUCUAUCACGCUGCCGUGGCGCUAAGCGCAAUCCAUCAGGACGUCGAGCAAUGGGGGAUGCCAUUACCUGGACAGAGCCGGCAGAAUGUUUGGCAGAAGUUUGCCUUGGAGCAGUCCGCACGUUCAUAUGGCAUUUUAAGUAGACGACAUGCGUCUGAUCCCCGUCUGAGAGAAGUCAUGCUGCUCUGUUGUCUUUUAUACUCUUUACUCGAGUUAUUGCAGGGGCAGUACGAGCGGGCAUGUCGGCAUUUGCAAGGAGGCUUACGGAUCCUGAAGGAGAUCAAGGUGCAGAAGCAGCUGGCUGAUGAUACGGAAUCGCCGGUGGAGAAAUGUCUCGUUGCAGCAUUUGUGCAACUCGAUAUUCAGUCGACAUACUACGGAGUUCACGGCCCGGUGCUGUGCGUUGAUUCAGAACUGGGAAAAUACCAAUGGCAGUUGAACAAACCCGAUAUGUUUUCGACCCUGCUUGAGGCACGUCAAGCUAUUGAGCCUUUGGUGAGUGGGGUUUUCCGGUUCACUUCAGAAUCCUGGCCACUUUCGGCGGAGGAUGUGGCGCGUGAUUACGACUCGUUGCUUCCACGACAAGAACGGCUUCUCUCGCAACUGAAUCAUUAUGCCGAAUUGUUCAGUCCGUUUUACUUUGGAUCUUACAGCGGCCUCGGUCACAAGGAACAGAGGGGGGCUGAUAUUAUAUAUAUUCUACAUCGGUGUCUCACUCUAUCAGUCAAAACCUGUCUUCUCGCAAAGAAUCCUGCUGUGCUGGACUGUUACACCCCGGAGUAUGAGGAAGCGCUGUACCUGGUGGAGGCGCUGCUGUACAAGUAUCCAGAGCGUCCGACCUUCACUUUGGAUGUGGGCAUUCUUCCUAGUCUGUAUCUGAUAUCAUUUGGAUGUUAUGAUGUUCGAGUGCGCUUGCGGGCGAUCGAAGCGCUGCAGCACUGGCCGCAUCGUGAAGGGUUAUUUGAAUCGAAGUGGGCGUCAUUUCUGUUGUUGGAGUUUAUAAAGGCGGACAUGAAAAGGGACGUGUUGAACAUGCCCGAGUCUCCGUCGGAGUCAUCGAGCUCGACGAUGGGCUCUCCAGGGGCGACUGCAGAUCAGUAUAUGUCCACGGUGGGGUACAUAGAGCAGGUGCAACAGCAGAUCAUGAGCGGGGCGAGCUUCCAUCUGCAUGAUGCACUAGAGAGUGUGGAGUAUUUGACAUCGUGGUCGUGUGUCAAAGCCAUUACGCCAAAAGGAGGGGUGUGUACUUAGCUAUUGCUGUAAAUGACUCGCUGGAAGAGGAUACCACUUCAACCUCCUAGGAAUGUACAACUCGACAAGAAUUAUCCACACCAAGACCGAUCC